AUGCAAGCUUGGCCUCUAACGAGCGACUUCCCCGGUUUCGGCUGGGGUUCUCCGCAAAGAACAUGGGGAAGGCCCGGGGAAGGAAUAUAUCAGGCUGCAUGGACCCAGUGCCCUGGGUUAUCAGCUCCUGCCUCUUCAUCAACCAAGAAUUUGGGCUCUAAGUCGAAAACAUGACCAACGAGAAGCACGUCAGCGAAAUGAUGGAGGGGAAGGGCCGCCUACAUUUGCAGACAGUCAAUGCAGACGUCAACCUUGAGGAUAUGUAUGGCGAGGAGCGGAAGAAGAGGGAGAAGGCGCUUGUGCGGAAGAUCGACCUACGCAUGAUGCCUCUCAUGAUGCUGCUCUACGUCCUCAACUAUCUCGACCGCAAUAACAUCGCCACUGCUCGGCUGGGAACGCUGGAAGAGGAUAUAGGACUCCAUGGGACGCAGUACAACACCGUCAUCUCAAUCUUCUUCGCGGGCUAUAUUCUUACUCAGAUCCCUACGAACAUGCUCUUGAACAAGAUCCGUCCCUCCAUCUUCCUCCCUGUCAUCAUGUGCGCAUGGGCGACGGUCUCGGGCGCGACCGGAGCUGUUCAAAACUACGCUGGCUUGGUUGUCCUUCGCUUUGUGCUGGGAUUUGUGGAGGCACCUUUCUUCCCCGGCGCCCUCUAUCUCUUCAGCUGCUGGUACACGAAGCGUGAGCUAGCAAAACGCAUCUCUAUCCUCUACGCUGCAGGCCAAAUGGCAGGUGCGUUCGGCGGUCUCCUCGGAAGCGCAAUCAUGUGGGGAAUGGACGGUAAAGCUGGUCUUCCCGCAUGGCGCUGGCUCUUCAUCCUCGAGGCAAUCGUCGUAUUCCCUGUUGCAAUCGUCACUAUCUUCGUCGUCCCGAAUUAUCCCGCUACCACGAAGUUCCUUAGCGAUGAAGAACGCAAGCUCGCCGUUCUCAGAAUGGCCGAAGAAGCCAACCAAGAAGAUAACCGCGACGAAGCGACGGCAUGGCAGGGUCUCAAGAUGGCUUUUGCGGAUCCCGCGCUGUACAUGAUCUGGGCCAUGCAACUGGGGCUGAAUACGGCGGCGUCUUUUACCAACUUCUUCCCGACUAUUGUUGCGACGCUAGGAUACCCACAGACCGAAACGCUCCUGCUUUCCGCCCCACCGUACGUAUUCGCUGCGAUCUUGGGUAUAACCAAUUCCUGGCACUCCGAUAAGACGAAAGAGCGCUUCUUGCAUGUCGUCUGGCCGCAAGUCUUCUGCAGCAUCGGCUUCAUCAUCUCAGCAGUGACCAUGAACACUGCCACCCGGUACAUCGCCACAUUCAUGAUGAUGAGCGUUUAUGGAUCCUUUGGCUGCAUUCUCUCCUGGGUUUCUACGUGUCUUCCGCGCCCACCAGCGAAGCGCGCGGUCGCGUAUGCCGUCGUCAAUGCUGGCUCGAACUUCGCGUCCAUCUAUGCUAGCUACUAUUACCCCAAGAGUCAGGGACCACGAUACUGGCAGGCGAACGUGGCCAAUAUGGCGUUCUCGGGGGCGUGCAUCUGCAUGUCUGCUGUGCUGAGGUUCUAUCUUAGCUGGAGGAAUAAGCAGCUCGAUAAGGCGGCUGCAGAGGAUAUGGCGGAGGGGUAUAAUGGGACGGUUGGUGCGAGCAAGGCUGGACAGGUUGCAGCGAAGUGGCACUGUGAUCCUGCGUACAGGUACACGUUGUAGGGUGAUGCG